AUGCACAGAACCGGGGAGGUGCUCGGGCGCUCACCACACCGACCCACAAAGCCUGCUUUCCGCACAACCAAGACAUCACAAAAGCUCAAAAUUUUGCCUGAGGAUGACGAGGAAGGCACCAACACCGAUGUCGAUGAAUACCUCGGGCUAACUGGAGUGUACGACCAAAUCGAGCACAUGCGCGGUGCGCAGGACUUGAGAAGCGAAAUCAACCGGCUGAAGAACUUGCCGCCGGGAAGCCUGGCCCGAGUAACGGCCUAUGCGACAGCAUCCUCAUAUACGAUGACGCAGCUUUUCAGGCACAUUCAGUCGCGCAAGGCGGAGAACGAGACUGCGCCCAAGCUGCUUGACGAGUGCAUUUACUCGCCGUUUGUAUAUGGGCCGUCGGAAGCCAUUGCUAUCAACAUGGAGGACAGUCUUAUUGACGACCAGCCGCAGGGCGCGGCGUUCCAGGAGUCGUAUAUUCAGAUCAAGAGCGAGCUGUUCAUCUUUGACUACGGCGUCGUAGUCAUCUGGGGGAUGGACGAGAGACAGGAAAGGGAAUUCUUGCGAGAGCUUGAGCCGUUUGAGGUGGAGAAGAUUGAGGUCGACGGCAUUGAGACCGAGGAGCUCGAAUUUUACAUCAACUCGAAGGCGCAGUCGCGCGUGUACAACGAUGUCAUCUCGUUGCGUACAACUAAGGGGCACAUGGCCAAGCUGGCAAUUUCGCAUGCAAUUGCCCAGGCAACAAAGCUCUCCUUGUAUGAGAGCCUAGUCGACGAGACUAUCGAGGCUACUCGGCAUAUCCCGCAGCGCAUGGCCGAGUCGGGAACAGUCGAGAUGACGCGGAAGGGUCUGAUCAAGAAGAUUGGUCAGCUCUUCAUCAUGCGCGUCAACGUCAACUUGGUCAGCAACAUUUUGGACACGCCCGAGAUCUUCUGGUCGGAGCCCACACUGCAGCCACUAUACAUGGCCAUCCGCGAGUACCUCGAAAUUCCCCAGCGAGUCGAGAUAAUGAACCACAGAGUCAGCGUCAUCAGCGAUCUAUUGGACAUGCUCAACGGUCAUCUCAACGGGAUGCACGGCGAGUUCCUCGAGUGGAUUGUUAUUAUCCUUAUCGUCUAA